CAAGGUAUAAAAACUCUUCUACUACGCAGAAAAUUCUCUGCUUCUUUCUAAUCAUUAGCAAGAUACCAUACCUUCACUAUCAACUACACUCCAGAUCUGAGACUUCACGAUGUCUAAACCAAUUCCCCUCAUUUUUGGUGCCGCUUCUAUCAUGACUGGCGGUGCCUAUUAUGACAGCACUUCCAUCAACAAUCUAUUCGAUGUUCUCGAAGAAACCGGAAUCACCACCAUCGACGCCGCUCAGCUAUACGGAGAUUACGAAGUUCUUCUCGGAACUACAAACGUCUCCAAAAGAAACUUCAUCAUCGACAGCAAAUCUCCAGGAGGAUGGGUACCAGGAUCUCUUGACCCCGCCAAAUUACGUGAAGGUGCUUACUCCACUCUUCGCACCCUUGGCAUCAAGAAGCUCUCAACUUUCUACAUUCACGGAUCAGAUCCUGCGUACCCACCAGAAACCUGGCUGCCAACUGUGAAUGAACUUCACAAAGAAGGUGUAUUCUCCACUUUUGGGCUCUUAAACUUUACCACGGAGGAAGUAGAGUCUAUUCAUGUUCAAUGCCUGAAAAAUGAUUGGAUACUUCCUACCGUAUACCAAGGAAACUUCUCAGCGUUCGCUCGUCACAUGCAGAAAGCACUUCUACCAAUUCUUCGAAAGCUGAAUAUCUCCUUCUCAGCCUAUUCUGCCCUCGCAGGCGGGUUUCUGGCACGUACUUCAGGCUCGGAGCUCUCUGCUGCUGAGACUGGAGGACGUUUUGCUGUUGAUCCCGAAGAUCCGGAAGGAAAGAAAGGUGGCUUGGGUCUGUAUCGACAGUUGUACAGUGAGCGGCCUGUUCUUGUCAAGGCCUUGGAAAAGUGGGGUGAGAUUGCGAAAGUGGCGAGUUGUAUUUGUCCAGCAGAGCUGGCCUAUCGCUGGGUGUGCUGGAAUGGGGGUCUGAGUGCUGAGAAGGGUGAUAUGGUUACAGUUGGUGCUAGCAAACCCGAGCAGCUGAGGAAGACGAAGGAAUGGGUUCAGAAGGGUCUUUUAAAUGAUGCAGUUUGUGCGAUGAUUGAUGACCUGUGGGAUACUAUUCAAGAUGCUGCACCCUUGGAUAACUUGCACAUGUAGAUGAAGAAUGAAUAUAGAG